GAAGAGCACAGGAAAUGGUAAAUACAUGAAUAAAUGAAAAGACUGUUUUUUUACUCUUAAUUUCUUUAAGAUACAUUUAACUUUAAGACAAAAAUUAUACUGCAUAGACUAGACUCUGCUCACUUGUGUGCCUUUCUUUGCAACCAUGGUUGACAAGCCCGACUUGGCUGAGGUUGAGAAAUUUGGUAAGUCAAAACUGAAGAAGACAGAAACGCAAGAGAAAAACCCCCUGCCUUCAAAAAAAGCAAUGCAACAGGAGAAGAAAGCAGGUGACUUGUAACUAGGCAGAUGCCACAAAUACGCACUGUUCAUUCCACAAACAUUACCUUCUUAUUUUACUUCUUUUAGGUGUUUAACUUUGUAAGAUGCAAAGGGGUUGGAUCAAGUUUAAAUGACUGUGCUGCCUCUUCUUACAUCAAAGAACCAAGAACUACUGACAUCAGAGGCUGAGCCUACCACUCGCUCCCACUGGCCUGUCUACGUCGCAGAGAAGGAAAAGAAUUUCUAGCUUGUUAUUUUUCAUACAUAUCUGUUCUUAAUCACAGUUUCUUAUAUCAACCAUAUUUAUUCUUGUUCUUUAAUAUUACUUACUUGAAGAUCUUAAAUAUACUUAUUUAAGUUGUUUUUCUGUUGUUCUGUUUGCAUUUUGUCAGUGUUAAAUUUGUGUCUUGAUUGUUGCAUUUGUUUACUAUGUUUUUUUAUCAGACUUUUUCUCAUGGCUUUGGCAUUUUGAGCUGCAGACUCAUCCUAAAUGGGGCAUUUUUGACCUCUUUCACCCUGUACACACUUCUCUGUAGGCAGCAGUUUGUAGCUGCUUCCUCUUAUCUUCCAGGGGCCAGGUCUAAAACCAGCUUGUAUAUUGUCACCUUUGGGGCCCUUGCCUGGGUGACUUGGGGAUAGCAUGGACCUGGUCAUUGAGAAAUGGGUGGUCCAGCCCAUUUUCUGGUGGCCUGGCUCUCUGUGCCCUCCUGUUGUCCCAGAAAUCUGCUCUAUUCAGGCACAGCCUGGAGCAGCAGUUGCUACAGAUAUUUUGGCCUGGAUUUCUUUUUCCAGCUCCUGGUUUCUUGUGAUGAGCCUGGUUCUGGUCCCCUGCCAUGCAGGGAACUCUUGGUGCCAGCUGGCUGCUGCUGUCGAAUGUCUGGUGCCUCUCCAGGUUACCCAUCCCUGAGCUCAGCAAGCCUGUAGCUUCUGUCCCCACCACAGUGAGCCCCCACCCUGCCAACUUGCAACUUCUGUCCAAAGCAUAAAUAGUUCAUGUUGUUUUGAAUGUGGUGAUAAAUUUAAAAUAAUUUAAAAACGAUUAUUAUUGUCGGAAAUGGAGGGUUGGCGAUUAAAUUACGAGCCUCCGAUGGCUUCUAACCUAUGACCUAUGAAUGUAUAUUAUAUUUUUAAACUUAUUUUUCAACAAGUUAUUUCUAUCUCCUCAAAUUUUAUUCCCUUCAGAUACCUAGCACAAACACCAAAUAUCCAACUGACAUCAUUUGUUUGAUUAAUAGAUAUUUGUUGACUCUUCACUGUGCUUCUUAAGGAAAUAAAUUGA